UUAUCACGAUUCCACGAAUGCUUGAUAACGAUACCAGCUUUUUAAAGUGGAAAUCGGAUAUAUUUGGUGUGACUUCCUCGAUUUGAGGUUUUAGAAAUGUUUAGGGAAGUAUUUGUUGAUUACACUUCACACAAUUUAGGAAUGAUGGUACCAACUCCGUAUAGCAUUGCCAUAUCAUUUUUAAUCCUUGGAAUUGUCAAUGCUGCGACUACAUCCGCAAAAUUGCCCUGUGAACCAAAUGCGAAUUGUUUGAAGAUUACCAAAACGAAAACACAAAAUUUAACAGAAGAGGACUUUCGUGGCUCAUCGGCUAGGAAGAAUCUCAAGUGCAUAUAUGUAAAUGGUGGUAAAAUACAUUUUAUCCAAGAGGAACUUUUCUCAAAAUUCCUCAAUCUUUCAAAUUUGUAUCUCAAAAACCUUCCUUUGGAAGGUGAAACAAUUAAAAAAAGCCUUGUGAAUUCUAAUAAAACCAAAUUAACUCAUCUGUGUUUGGAAAAUGUUGGACUGACCGCCUCGCUUGUGGAAGGUCUAUAUCCGCACCUGCCCAUAAACCUGAAGAUAUUCAGUCUUAGAAACAAUAGCAUUACUUCCUUAUCGAUGGAUUACAUUCCAAAUGCCAACAUUGAAAUACUAGAUCUUUCUUACAACAGAAACCUUACUCUGCUGAUAAGUAGAACUUCGCCCUCUUUGAAACAACUACUACUAUCUUACUCUGGGUUUGAGUGGAACUCUGUGUUUAACGUCCAUGAUACCUGCGCAUUUCCGAAUUUGACGAACUUGGAAAUAAAAGGGAUAAAAGUAAAUCUGUCGGCAGUUGACAAACAAAAUAACUGUUUUGAUAGAAUUGCAGUUUUACAAUUAAGUAGCUGUGAUUUCGUCAAUCCCAUAGAGAGAGGAAGCUUUUCGUUUUUUUCAACCUUAAAAUCCCUGUAUUUGAACAAAAUAUCCAAUCUCAAUCACUUACCUACAUUCAAGAAGACAACAAAGCUUGUCCAACUGAAUCUUAAUGAUGUGAAGUAUACUUUUCAACCAACAUUAGAGAAUGUGAAUUCUUUUAUGAACUUGAGGAAACUAGAACGCCUGCAUAUGCAAAGGUGGAAGCUGAAUUUGUGGAAUUCAAGUCAAUUAGAUAAUCUUUUCAGACCCAUUGUAAAGACGAUAGAAAAUUUGGACUUGACAUCUACUGGUCUAACGAAUAUUCCUUGUAUAGUCAGGAAAAUGAAAGAAUUAAAAACCUUGAUAUUGGGCAAUAAUAGUAUUUCGUCAUGGGAUGGCAUAUCCGAAGAAACGAAUGAUAAACUAAAGAAGUUCUGGCUGCCUUUCAAUUUGAUUGAAUCCGUGGAUCCAAGGGUAAUACCGCGAAACGUACUCGACUUCAACCUAUCAGGGAAUCCAUUUCGGUGUACCUGUGACCUAAUGCCAUACAAAAACUGGGCGCUUGAGAAAAAAAUCACAAAAAUUAUUCAGGACUGGCAAACUCAUUAUCACUGUGCAGAACCGUUAUACUGGAAAAGCAAAUCGCUGUCUGAAUUCAGACCCAAGAAAACAGACUGUCAGCCAUUCAAUGAUUACGUCAUCACGGCCCUCGUCCUUUGCUGUUUAAUGAUUGUUACAGUUGUUGCGACAGCUGUAUCUAAACACUUAAAAAGAAGAUGCCAAAGAAGGACAUCGCAAUAUGAUGGUUCUUGUGAAAGACAGAAACUUUUAUCGUGACUGUGACAAAAACAAGUAAAAUAGCACACCAAUGGCGAAUAGUGACAUUCUGUACAUUUUUGUACAAGCUGUAAAUAUUAAAUAUAUUAUAUGUCAUUAAAACUGCAUGGUUAAAA